CGUUCGUGGUCAACGGGUGACUGAAGAAAAAGUACAAAGUGCAUAAAAUUAUGAAGAUAUCUCGAAUAAUUUAUAAGGAGUAUACCAAAACAUCGUUAAGAGCAAUGCAGUUGGCAGAAAAAGAAAUAACUAUUCAAGCACCAUGGGGCAAACUUAGAGGACUAACGUGGGGUAUGGAGGGGGACCCACCAGUGUUUCUCUGCCAUGGUCGGAUGGACGCGUGCUCCGGAUUCCGUCCUCUAUUGCAGCUCCUGCCGCGCUGUUUUUACUACGUAUCUGUGGAUCUCCCGGGGAAUGGCCGGUCAGACCAGUUACCACGAGGCGUGCAGCUGAAUAUCAUGGACUUUGUGCCCACAGUGAAGGUGGUCAAGGAACACUUCAAAUGGGACAAAUUCAUCUACGUGGGACACUCAUUGGGUGCGAUGAUGGGAAAUUUCUUCAACAUCGCUUAUCCCGGCCACAUCACGCGCUUAGUCGAGCUGGAUCCACUCCCGGACCAUGCUUGCUACAGCCAAGAUGUUGAGGGCGUCCGUCGGUGGUACCACGUACAUUAUCAUAGUUAUUACGAGCAGUAUAGCAAACUGAAUGGAGGUGGGGAGCCACCGAAGUAUACUUACGAAAAGGCUUUGGAAAUGUUAAUGAAGGCCCGUAGUCUACACAAGGAGGCCGCAGAACACGUCAUAGAGAGAGUGCUAUCAUCGGCUGGAGACGGCCUAUUUAGAUUUACUCACGACCAACGCCAAAAAACCUUCACUCACAUGCCUUUCACCGGCGACGCUUACCGCGCCAUCUACACCGCUUCCACAACACCAACGUUAUACGUGCUCGCUCAAGGCUCCAUAGAUGAUGGAUGGUACGACCAGACGCCGUUUGUAAAGGACCCUGUGUGCUGGCCGAAUGGGAACUUCAGUCUGAAGAUAGUAGAGGGUGGACAUGAUGUGCAUAUUAGCCACCCGGAGCGCAUGGCGGAUGCUGUUAGCCAGUUUUUGUUGAAAGAUGUUAAAGCCAAAAUGUAG